AUGGCUUCAGAAAACUUAGCCCCCAGCUGCAGAGCUGAGCAGCCUCUGGACGUUGCGGCUGACCAGUUCCCACAGAGCUGGCUGAGGUCCCAAGCAGCCUCGGGACAACAUGGCCCCCCUACUGCCCACGGUCUGCCUUCUCCUGCAGCCCCAUAAAGCCUGGUCCACAGUCAGCAAGUCUCAAGCACUUGGUUCCUCUUCUCUUGAGUCCUCCCUAGGAGCCCUGUGGCCAUGACACAGCUACUUCUACUGAUUAUGGCUCUCUUGGUCCUGGCUCAUGUGCCACCAGGGAGAACUGAAUUCAAACGGUGUUGGAAGGGCCAAGGGGCCUGCCGAACUUACUGCAUGAGGCAAGAGACCUUCAUGCACCUGUGCCCGGAUGCUUCCUUGUGCUGCCUCUCCUAUGCGUUCAAACCGCGGCCACUUCCCAAGCCGGAAUCUGGGUAA